CUUAUAUAUAUAUAUACAUAUACCUUUUUUUUUUUUUUUUUUUUUUGGCAAUAUGGCAAAGGCAAACGUUUUCGUUUUUACUAUUCUAAAAACAUUUGCUGUAGUAUGUUUAAUAACAGCAACAAUGUGUGCUUACUACAGUUUAUCAGGAAAAAAUUGGAUACACAAAAAGUUGAUAAACAAUAAAUUCGAAGAGCACGGAUUGUUGCUUUAUUGUACACCUGGAGAGUCCAUUAAAGGUCAUAAAGAAGGGUUGGAGCCCGAGUGUAACUUAUUUUCAUUACACAUAGAUUACAAAGACAGCUUUCUUCCAAAUUGGCAGCAAUCAGUAUUUGUUUUAUCUGUUACGGCAUCUAUAUUGACGCUGCUCUCAACAUUAUUGUUCAUGGGUUCGCAAUUUAUCAAACCUUUUACAUAUUGCAGUACAGUUCUUGUGUUUAUACUUUCCACUUUAUCCAGUAUAUGCAUGCUUGUCGCAAUGAGUAUCUACACUGAAACAUUUCAGAAAAUGAUAGAUGACGGUUAUAAAUGGGGAACAAGUUUUGCCGUUGGCUGGGCAUACUUCUUUGUUAAUUUACUCAGCACAAUUAUGGUAUUUAGUCUUAUCAUGUUGUACAAAAAAGAACAGUUUACUCCACUUAUUGAAGAAUGCACUGAACUGGCUAAAGAAGAAACAUCUCAAAAUGAACUGACUAAAGAAGACACAAAGCUUGAAAGCAAUAAGAAAAUAUAAAAAUUUUAAACAACUUUUUUUUUAAAUAAUCUUUAUUUUCAAUCAAUAAAUAUUUGUUAUUUUUUACGAAGAUAAAAAAAAUGAAAGUCAAAAAAAGUCGCAAAAAUGCAUAAAUAAUUUGAAUGAGAUUUUUUGAACAAGGUUUUUAUAACAUUUUUUUAUUUUUCUCUAAGUAAUAUUAAGUCAAAAAACUAUUCAACAGUUUUUCAAAAAACCACAUAAUUUUCACGUUCAAAAUUAUGAAAUUAGUUAAAGGUUCAAAAACCUACUUAGAGUUUAUGAAGUACACAACUAAUUUAACAAUUGUCGUUGUUGUUACUAUUUGUAAUGUUGCUGAUGUUUUUGUUGAAGUUUUUGUUGCAGUGGUUGUAGCAUUAAAUUCUGCAGAGUUGUUAAUAUUGUUUUGAUUUGAA